AUGGCUGACAACAGCUCUGAUGAAGAUACUGAUAUUAGUGAAUCUGAAAUUAGUGAGUAUGAAGAUAAAUUCUAUGAAGAACUAAAAAGUGGAAGUCGAAAUUUAAAAACAUCAGAUGAGGCUUUCACUUGUCCGUACUGCCCUAAAAAGAGAAAACGGGAUUAUUUGUACAAGGAGCUCCUUCAACAUGCGUCUGGGGUGGGUCAGAGUAUUUCACAGAAGAGGAAAGCAAGAGAAAAGGCUAAUCAUUUGGCUUUAAUGAAAUAUUUGGAAAAAGAUCUUAUGAAUGUAGAUGUUCCAUCAAAUGAUUCAAAACAGGUAGAUGAAAGUGAUUCUUCUGUUAAUUCUAAUGAUCAGUUUGUGUGGCCUUGGAUUGGAAUUGUAGUUAAUAUUCCAACUAGAAGGACAGAAGACGGACGCAGUGUUGGUGAGAGUGGUUCCAGGCUGAGGGAUGAGUACAGAAGUAGGGGUUUCAAUCCAGUUCGAGUCAAUCCUUUGUGGAAUUUCCGGGGUCACUCUGGAACUGCUCUUGUGGAAUUCAACAAAAGCUGGCCAGGCUUAGAUAAUGCAAUGGCAUUUGAAAGAGCAUAUGAAUUAGAUCAUCAUGGGAAAAAGGAUUGGUUUGCUAAUUCUGGGCAGAAAUUUGGUCUUUAUGCAUGGGUUGCCCGAGCAGAUGACUACAAAAUGAACAACAUAUAUGGAGAACAUUUGCGGAAGAUGGGUGAUGUCAAAACCAUAUCUGAGCUUAUGGAAGAAGAAGCUCGAAGGCAAGAUAAACUUGUCUCCAAUUUGAAUAACAUUAUCCAGGUCAAGAACAAGCACAUAAAAGAGAUUGAAGUGAGAUGCCAUGAGACUACGGACAAAAUGAACCUUGCAAUGAUGGAAAAAGAUAAACUCAUUCAAGCUUAUAAUGAAGAGAUACAGAAAAUACAGUCAAGUGCCAGGGAUCACUUCCAAAGAAUUUUUACUGAUCAUGAAAAGCUUAAAAUGCAACUGGAAUCUCAGAAAAAUGAGCUUGAGUUACGGAAAAUUGAAUUGGAAAAACGUGAGGCACAUAAUGAAAGUGAAAGAAAAAAGUUGGCAGAAGAAAUUGAGGAGAAUGUAACAAAAAAUAGUUCUCUUCAGAUGGCUGCUCUUGAGCAAAAGAAAGCAGAUGAGAAUGUUAUGAAACUGGCUGAAGAUCAAAAGAGGCAAAAAGAGCAACUCCAUGCUAAAAUCAUUCAGCUUCAGAAACAACUUGAUAUGAAACAAGAGCUGGAGCUGGAGAUUCAGCAAUUAAAAGGAUCAUUAAGUGUGUUGAAGCACAUGGAAGAUGAUGAAGAUGUCGAAAUUCUGAAGAAGGUAGAUAUGUUACAAAAGGGUUUACGAGACAAGGAACAAGCAUUGCAAGACAUAGAUGCACUGAACCAAACACUAAUAAUUAAAGAGCGUGAGAGCAAUGAUGAGCUGCAGGAAGCUCGACAAGCACUGGUUGAUGGCAUUAAAGAGUUACCAUCUCAUGGAAAUAUUCGUUUGAAAAGAAUGGGGGAACUUGACACUAGACCAUUCCUUGAAGCAAUGAAGAAAAGGUACAAUGAAGAGGAUGCUGAAGAGAGAGCAUCAGAACUGUGCUCAUUGUGGGAAGAGUAUCUAAAGGACCCAGAUUGGCAUCCAUUCAAAGUUAUCAUGGUUGAAGGGAAAGAAAAGGAAAUUAUUAGAGAUGAUGAUGAAAAGCUGAAUGGGUUGAAAAAUGACUUGGGUGAAGGUGCAUAUAAAGCAGUGGUGGAGGCGUUGUUAGAAAUAAAUGAACAUAAUCCUAGUGGGCGAUAUUUAACCUCAGUAUUAUGGAACUAUAAACAAGGCAGAAGAGCAACUCUGAAAGAAGGAGUACAAUUUCUGUUGAAUCAUUGGAAAGUUCUUAAACGCAAGAGGGGAAUGGCGUAA